AUGGCUUUGGGGAGUUCAGGGGGUGGUUUUGGAGGGGCUAAAGAUGAUGGCUUUGGGGAGAAGGCUGGGGAAGGGUUCAAUAAGGCUGGGGAAGGGUUCAAGAAGGCUGGGGAAGGGUUCAAGAAGGCUGGGGAAGGGUUCAAGAAGGCUGGGGAAGGGUUCAAGAAGGCUGGGAAAGGGUUCAAGAAGGCUGGGAAAGGGUUCAAGAAGGCUGGGAAAGGGUUCAAGAAGGCUGGGAAAGGGUUCAAGAAGGCUGGGAAAGGGUUCAAGAAAGGCUGGGAAAGGGUUCAAGAAGGCUGGGAAAGGGUUCAAGAAGGCUGGGAAAGGGUUCAAGAAGGCUGGGAAAGGGUUCAAGAAGGCUGGGAAAGGGUUCAAGAAGGCUGGGAAAGGGUUAAAGAAGGCUGGGAAAGGGUUAAAGAAGGCUGGGAAAGGGUUAAAGAAGGCUGGGAAAGGGUUCAAGAAGCCUGGGAAGGGUUCAAGAAGCCUGGGAAGGGUUCAAGAAGGCUGGCUGGGAAUGAUCAAGAAGGCUGGGAAUGA